AAGCAGCGGAAGCGGAUGAGGGAAGAGCGGCUGCGGCCCCGGGGGGCGGCGCGGAGCUGCGGGAGCUGCUCGGCCUCCUCCGGGACCGCGGUGCGGCCCUCAUGCGGCGCCCUCGCUGACACCUGAAGUCCGCCGCUCUCCGUCCGCCGCGCACCGCGGGGGCGUCCGGCCCGUGGCGGUUGAAGUCGUCGUCUUACCGGCCCGCGGCGGCCGCCCAUGGAGAAGGCCAGGCGGGGCGGCGAUGGCGCCCCCAGGGGGCCCGUGCUGCACAUCGUGGUGGUCGGCUUUCACCACAAGAAGGGCUGCCAGGUUGAAUUCUCUUACCCGCCCCUGAUUCCAGGAGAUGGACAUGACAGCCACACUUUACCUGAAGAAUGGAAAUACUUGCCCUUCCUUGCUUUGCCAGAUGGUGCACACAACUACCAAGAAGAUACUGUGUUUUUUCACUUGCCACCCAGAAAUGGAAAUGGAGCCACAGUAUAUGGUAUCUCUUGCUAUCGACAAAUUGAAGCCAAGGCAUUGAAAGUAAGGCAAGCAGAUAUUACCAGAGAGACUGUUCAGAAAAGUGUCUGUGUCCUAAGCAAGCUGCCUCUCUAUGGUUUACUUCAAGCAAAACUUCAGCUCAUUACACAUGCAUAUUUUGAAGAGAAGGAUUUUUCCCAAAUUUCCAUUCUAAAGGAGCUUUAUGAACAUAUGAAUAGUUCCUUGGGAGGAACUUCAUUAGAAGGAUCUCAAGUAUAUCUUGGUCUGUCUCCUCGAGAUCUUGUCCUUCAUUUUCGACACAAGGUCUUAAUACUGUUUAAACUAAUUCUUCUUGAAAAAAAGGUUCUUUUUUAUAUUUCUCCAGUGAAUAAAUUGGUAGGUUCACUGAUGACUGUGUUAUCCCUUUUUCCAGGCAUGAUUGAACAUGGUCUCAGUGACUGUUCUCAGUACAGACCCCGAAAGAGUAUGACUGAAGAUGCUGGACUUCAGGAAAGCAAUCUUCCUGCAGAUAAUUUUGUUUGUGGGUCUACUUCUGACAUUUCAAAUACCAACUUGGGAACUGUCAAAAAAAUCAUGGCAGGAAACCAUGGAGACGGUGCUGCCAUCAAGACUGAAGAGCGUUUGUUCCAAGAAGAUGACAGCAAAGGACAGGAACCAAAUAAUACCAAUCAAUAUUUGAAACUUCCAUCUCACCCAUCUCCAGAGUCUUCAGAAAGUGACUGGGAGACCUUGGAUCCUAGUAUCUUAGAGGACCCCAACUUGAAAGAAAGGGAGCAGGUGGGAUCAGAUCAGACAAACUUAUUUCCAAAGGACUCUGUGCCCUCAGAUAGUCCUCCAAUUACUGUACAACCUCAAGCUCACAUUGGGCAGGUGGUCCUGAUACCAGGGCUCAUUUCAGGUUUGGAAGAAGACCAGUACGGCAUGCCCCUGGCCAUCUUCACAAAGGGAUAUCUGUGUUUGCCUUACAUGGCAUUGCAGCAGCAUCAUCUUCUCUCUGAUGUCGCCAUUCGGGGUUUUGUUGCUGGAGCUACUAACAUCCUUUUUCGACAACAGAAACACCUCAGUGAUGCCAUUGUGGAAGUAGAAGAAGCUCUGAUCCAGAUCCAUGAUCCAGAACUCAGGAAGCUGCUUAAUCCAACCACUGCAGACCUAAGGUUCGCAGAUUACCUAGUGAGGCACGUGACUGAGAACCGGGAUGACGUCUUCCUGGAUGGCACAGGCUGGGAGGGAGGUGAUGAAUGGAUCCGGGCCCAGUUUGCAGUCUACAUCCAUGCCCUGCUGGCUGCCACUCUGCAGUUAGAUAAUGAAAAGAUUUUAUCAGACUACGGGACCACUUUUGUUACAGCAUGGAAGAAUACUCACAACUACAGGGUGUGGAACAGCAACAAGCAUCCAGCACUUGCAGAAAUAAAUCCAAACCAUCCAUUUCAAGGACAGUACUCAGUGUCAGACAUGAAGUUAAGAUUCUCACAUUCUGUUCAGAAUAGUGAACGUGGCAAAAAGAUUGGAAACGUCAUGGUCACAACCAGUCGGAAUGUUGUACAAACAGGAAAAGCUGUUGGCCAAUCAGUUGGAGGAGCUUUUUCCAGUGCAAAGACAGCUAUGUCUUCAUGGCUUUCUACUUUCACCAAUUCCACCCCCCAAAGUCUCACCGAGCCACCCGAUGGGAAGCCCUGAGCAGAUCAUCAAAGGUUGCUCUUGCUUUCUUAGGUUUAUGUGUUCCCUGUCCAUCUGCUGCUCCCAGACUGUUCUUCAUCAUCAGCCACAGGUCCACAGCAGGGGAUUGAUACUUCAAACUGUUUACAUGGACAGUUGCCUUUUAUCUAAAUGAAUGUUGCAGGAUGCUGAAAAGAUGAAAUCACAGCCAUAGCAGGGAUGGCUUUCCAGGUUGGGGUUUAAAUCGACUACUUUUAUUUCAGCCUGAGCCUGAUUAAAACACACAGUGAACCUUCUAAUGAGUUUUGAGUUCUGACAUUGUACAUUUGCUUCCUUUAGAAAAGUUUUUGCUUAUGUAAAUUUUGUUCUGUUUUGCUGUUUGAAUAUCUAGUUGGUCACUGUAAUUUAUAUUUGCUAAAAUUACGUUAUAUUACUGUUUUAAUUUCUUUAAUGUUGGCCCUAAAAUGUACUUAUGAAGUUAAAGGGCCAUACAGUCUACCCUUUAUUAUUUUGCUGAGUUGUAUGAUGAUGUUUUGUCUGUUUUCUACCCACAUAACACAUUUAUCAGUUUAUUUCCUUCCAGAAAUGUGAACAUCAGAAGUGGUAGUUCUGAGGAUGAGGUGUUCUGUUUCAUAUUUCUAAUUUGUUCUUUCCAAAUCCCUUAAAACUUGCUUUGGGGCAUCAAGGAGUGUCACCGUGCUUUCCUCCUCUUCCUAAUUGUGCAAGUGGGUGUGCAGGGAAGUAGUGUAGUGGUGGUUGCAGUGAUGUUGAAACCAUUUAACAUGAAUGUGUCUAUAGGGCAAUAUUUUCAAAGACCUGAGUGCUAGAUUUGUCAACUCUAAUCACGUUGCAGUCUUUUACAAGCGUUUUUUUAAUCCAAGGUUUGUGCCUUCUAUUUCUUCUUUUGACCAGUUUUUCAUUGAGUGUUUACAGACCUACAAGUUUUCUCUAGUCUUAUUCUUCCUAAAGCGUUUCGAGGCACUCGGCCUUCUUACUUCCCUGACAGAAAAUCCUCCUGUAAUCAAUCCCUGUGCUCUUCUGAAAGUAUUUAUAAAAGAAGAACAAGGUGGCCCAUAAAUAUUAAACAGAAACCUCAUUUUAGCUCAAACUUAGAAAAGCAAGAGAUAAGAGAAGAAAACUACCAUUAUAUCAGUCACCUGUUUUAUAAAGGACAUCUGGCCUCUUGUUAAACACAUGCAUGUGUGUGCCAUCUACUGCACACAGCUGCACCUCAUGUGUUUGCCUUGCUCAGCUCUCAUUUGCUUUUCCAGGGGAUCUUGGAUAGCUGUUCUCAGGGAGUACUUAUGGGGAGCAGACUGCCUUUGAAGUAACAAAGGCUACUUGGAAAAUAUAUUGUGAGUAUAAUCUGCAUAUGAUAUAAACAGUGUUAUGCAAACAGGGAGCCUAAUUAAGAAGGACACUGGUUAUAUUUGAGUUACCCCUUAUGAAAUAUUUAUUUAAGAAGUAAAUCCUCCUAAGUCUUGUGAAAUGAACAUGGGAACAAAAUCGCAAUAUCCUUAAAUUUUCCGAUUUGUGUUUUAGGCCAGCAAAUCUAAAAGCAUACUUCCAUUUAAACAUAGUAACACAAGAAUUCAGUGAUGAUAAAUUGAAGGGUUUAAUGUGAGAACUCCAUUAAUUUCACUUCUGUCAGGUAAGUUAACCUCAGGAAAUAUUAUUGGAAGAGAAGUAAGUAAUACCAAACAAAAUUUUUAAAAAUACUUAAUCAGUGUUGCCAUGAGACUAUAAAGAGUUCAUUCUGACAUCUUGUUUCAUGAGGCCACGGCAUUAGUUGGAGUGCAAUAGUGUAUUCAUGUGCAAUUGUUACCUCUACUGCCAGAAGAUCACACUGCUAGAGAGCUAGGAGCCCUGUGAGGGGUCAGCAGGCAAGAUGCCUGUCCUUUAUUUAGUUUGUAUGGUUUGUGUGAUUGGGGUAAGCUCACAUCUCUCACUGUUCAAAAGAAGCCCAACCCAUACGUUGGAGUCCUCUGAAAUAAAAAUGGUCACGGAAAAUUUAA